UACACCUCUCGCCUUUCAUUCCAGAGCAAGCAAUGGAUUGGAGCUGGGGAGGAAUUUCAGUCUGAGUUAGAGAAGUCCAUUCAGUCUCUCUGUGUUGGUCAUUUACUUGAGACAAGGGGGAAUAUUUUUUUCUUAUUUAGUUGGCUUGCUUAUUUUAGUUUAGUGUGAUCAUUUAUGUUGCUCUAAAGAGAGAAUAUCGGAUUCACCAACUCUUUAACACAGCUAACGGGUUAGCUGCGGGACACCGAGCAAUUUCACUAGGAGCUCCAGUUCAAAUUCAACACCCUGCCCUCAACUACUGCAGUCAUGUCUACGGCAGGAGAUUUUGGCAACCCAUUGAGGAAAUUCAAAUUGGUGUUUCUUGGCGAACAGAGUGUGGGGAAAACGUCAUUGAUCACGAGGUUCAUGUACGACAGCUUUGAUAAUACCUACCAGGCCACAAUAGGAAUCGAUUUCUUAUCGAAAACCAUGUAUCUCGAGGACAGAACAAUCAGGUUGCAGCUGUGGGACACGGCGGGGCAGGAGCGUUUCCGUAGCCUCAUUCCCAGCUACAUCCGCGACUCGGCCGCCGCCGUGGUUGUGUACGACAUCACAAAUGUCAACUCCUUCCAGCAGACCACAAAGUGGAUCGAUGAUGUCAGAACAGAGAGAGGAAGUGAUGUCAUCAUCAUGCUUGUUGGGAACAAGACAGAUCUUGCAGAUAAAAGGCAAGUAUCAAUUGAGGAGGGCGAAAGGAAAGCCAAAGAACUAAAUGUAAUGUUUAUUGAGACAAGUGCUAAAGCAGGCUACAAUGUGAAGCAGCUCUUCAGACGUGUGGCCGCUGCACUGCCUGGCAUGGAGAGCAACCAGGACAAGAGCAGAGAAGACAUGAUCGACAUUAAGCUGCCACCAGACUCACCAGAGCAGCCUGUCAGUGAAAGUGGCUGCUCAUGUUAAGCCUUGCACCACAGCCACCUUUACCAAUCUCUCUCUCUCUCUCUCUCUCUCUCUCUCUCUCUCUCUCUCUCUCUGCUCUACCUUUACUGUAUGUCCUGUUCUGUCUCUCUCUCCCGCCCCCAUUCUUUCUGCACCCCUUCCACUCUCAGAACAUGCAUUAUGUCGUUCUAUACCCCCCCCCCCCUCUCUCUCUCUCUCUCUCUGCUCUACCUUUACUGUAUGUCCUGUUCUGUCUCUCUCUCCCGCCCCCAUUCUUUCUGCACCCCUUCCACUCUCAGAACAUGCAUUAUGUCGUUCUAUACCCCCCCCCCCUCUCUCUCUCUAUCGUCUCUCUGCUUGUCUUUCGUCGUCGGGCUCAGCAUCGCUGCUUCACUAAAGCUCGCAUCAUCCUCCUCCACUCCUCAGCUGCAGUGUCAAUAUCCCUGCCUGGGAACACCAAGAGAACACUACCUGUCCAUCGUCAUUGUCGUCGUCGUCGUUGCCGUGGUUUUUUGCUGACUCACUGAGAAGACCUUAAGCUUAACAAGCACAACGUGGAUGUGAAUGGUGUUGCUUUUUCUUUUACUCUCUUCUCUAUUGUCAUGGUUUCAUGUUUUUUAUUUUUGUUAAUUUGUUGGUCUUUUUUUUCUCUUUUAUUGUCCAUCUCGCGUCCACUUCGGGGUUCGGAGAAGAAGUUGUCGUUGUUUUUGCAUAACCUUGUAAAGCACUGUAUCAUGUUUAAUUUAGUGUGUUUACCUAUGUGAACGGAUGCCCAACCAAGAUACUAUUGAGAGCACUCGUAACCGUUUAGAGGUGGCCAUGAGUUGUGUACAGGACCCACUAAGCAACUGUACCGGCCUCAGUUCAGCUGUGCUGUGUUUACCACACCGUUCUAGGAGCAAAUGUUGCGCUCACAUCACCACAGCGCAGGAUCAGUUCAGGCGUGCAGUCAGCGUGGGUGUAGUGAUGCGACUGUACUCCUCUUUCACGAAACCAUGUACAGCAAGUUUACACAAUUACACCACCAUGUGGAUCUGCGUGUCUGUCUGCAAGCAAAUGCUUUGUUCAGUUUUCACUUUAAAAAAUGAUGUCACUUUCUUCACUGGUGAAGAGUUGCAACGACACACAGUCAAAUUAGACUGCUGUUCUGCCCCUAUCUGCCAGUUACAAAAUGUUUAUAGCUGUGUACAUGGUUAAAAUUAAACACCCUGUUUGGGUCAGUACAUCAAAGUCGGAAGAGUAAGCAACUGUAAUGAGAAUUAUGUUUACAAAUGAUGGAUUUUGAUGAGUAAAAUUGACUCUCAUAUUGUAAGCCACUGUGUGGCCUACGAGGUCAUGGAUUGGUUGGCCAGACUGCCAUGGCAACAAGACGAGUACUUCCUGGUCUGAACAGUUCCCAGAAUUCUCCUCUCUUAGCUUACUUUUACCUCAGCUGCCAGGUCACUUUUCUUUUUUUUGCAGGUUCUUUCUUUCUUUCUCUCUUUCUUUUUUUUCAAUUGAGACUUUUCAUAAUUCGUACCAGAUUAAGUAAUCUAUAGAUUUUAAAAGAGUGUAGAUUUAAAAAAUGUAUGCUUCAAAAACCACAGUAGAGGUUAAUAGGGCUUCUUUUGUAUAUUGAGGGAAGUAUCAUACAUCUUUACUUAUAUCAGAUAAUAUGCAGCCAUGCCUUCUAAGUGUUCCGUUUAGGGCUUCCACUGGUCUGGUUAUAUUGUUAGCGUUGUAAAGUUUGAUUUUCAUGUUAUAUAUCGAUUCUUUAGACAGAAUUCAUUUUUUUUUCUUUUUCUUUUUUUUUAAUGAAAAUUAUUGAACAUGUUGAUCAAGUCAAUCAUGUUAUGUUAUAUUUAUUUGUACUGGAUCAUAUGUCAUACUUUUUAAUGUUAGCAACAGAUUUCUCUUUUUUUUUAAAAAAGCAAACAAACAAAACAUGUCCUGCCCCUGACUCAUUGACUAUGCUAAAUCACAUGCCACCUAACAUCCCAAGGACAGUCAAAUCUCUAAUUCAUGCCAUGAACAAACAAACAUACAGUGCAAUGUGGUGAUUUUAUGUUGUCAUAUCAAUUGGAAGAAAACUCAAGCCCAUGAUUUCUCCACCACUAUGUGUCCUCCUGUACGUUGUCAUGAUUUCUGUUUGGACGGGUUUUAACGGUCACUGCUGUGUGCUGUUGUGUGAUGCUGUGCACAAAGCCCAUGAUUUGCACUGCUAGAUAUCAUGUGUGUCUUAUUGACAUCCCUAAUAAAGAUCUGUAUUUAGUAA